UGACCUUGGAAUAUCUGAUUUGUCUCCAUCACGGGAAAUUCUACACCGAAAGAUCGUUGGAAGUUUAUAGUUUCGGAGUUUUUAUUAUAUAUUUAUACUCUAUGUCUAUCAUGCUUCAUUCUCCUUCUGUACUGCAAUAUGUUGCCUCAAAUCCUUUUCACAGCGUUGAGCUUUCCGGCCCUCGUAUUUUCCCAUCCUUCCCAAGAAGUCUCCGUCCCAGAAGUCUCCGUCCCCAAGGAGAAAAUAUGCAUAGUAGAACCCUCUGCAAACGGCGGCGAUAGUGCCCCAGCCAUAAUCCGCGCCUUUUCAGAAUGCGGUCACAACGAUGGAAUCACCACCCACGGAACCAUCCUAUUCAAAAACACAACCUACAACAUCCAAACCGUAAUGAACACCACAAAUCUCUCCAACGUCAAAGUAGAUCUCCACGGUACACUACUAUGGUCAACCAACAUCACAUACUGGCUCAAUAAUUCUCUUCCAGUCGGCUACCAAAAUCAAAGUAGUGCGUGGUUAUUCGGCGGUCGGAAUAUUCAUUGGGAUGGUCAUGGUUAUGGAACGUUAGAUGGUAAUGGAGAGGUUUGGUAUAAGUUUAUUAAUGGGACGAAUAAUUAUCCUGGGAGACCGCAUCAGAUUACCUAUACUGGGGUCACGGAUUGCGUGUUUGAGAACAUUAGGUUUGUGCAGAGUCAGAUGUGGACAAUGACGUUGAUUUAUGCGGAAAAUAUCUUGUUGGAAAAUAUUUAUGUUAAUAGUACGGAUGUGAGGCCGGUCGGGUUUGAAUUUAGUAGUUUGAAUGUAGGUUUGCGUUUUAUUUUGUUUUGACUCGAUGUUCUGGAGAAGAAACUAAUAGGUUGCUAGACUGAUGGUGCGGAUACUAUUUAUGCGAAUAAUAUCACGUUUCGUGGCUGGACGGUAGAUAAUGGUGAUGAUUCCAUCUCCAUGAAAGCAAACUCUACCAAUAUCCUCAUUGAAGAUUGUGAUUUCCACACCGGGCUCGGCAUAGCCAUCGGAAGUAUCGGUCAAUACGGUAGGUCUCUCAACCCUAGAAUCCAAAGCAAACUCACAUUAAUCAAAUCAUAUCAAUUCAGAGGGUAGAUACGAAAUUGUGGAAAAUAUAACCGUCCGCAACAUCCGCUCCUACAACAUGCGCUACGGCGUCUACAUGAAAACCUGGACGGGUGUCUCAACCGGCUAUCCCCCCAACGGUGGCGGCGGCGGUCUAGGUCACGCGAAAAACCUCUCCUUUACCAAUUUCACACUCCAUAACAACACAGGUAUAUUCGCCAUUACACAAUGCACAUCGUAUAAUUCCGCGACGGACAAUUGCGACACGUCGCUCUUCCAGUUUUCGGAUAUACGAUUGCAGGAUUGGAAGGGUACGGCGACUAGUGAUGUGGUGGCUGAGUUGCAGUGUAGUGGUGCGGCGCCGUGUACGGGGGUGGUGAUUGAGGGGAUGGACGGUAUUUGGGAUACGGUUAAUGCGACGAGGCCGGUGCAGUUUCUUUGUGAUGGGGUGGUGGGUCAGGAGGGGUUUAAUUGCACGGGGAUGCCGUUUGGGGAGAAUCCUAGGUAGAGGGGUGGAGGGGGACGUGGAGGGAGGGGAAGAAGGGUGGAUGGAUGGAUGAAAGGGUCUUAAGUGGAUAGUUUUGUUUGGAUAUCGUAAAUGGAUGAUGGCUGAAUGGUACAGCUUAACAAGUCUCAUAAUGAAAAAACAUGCAUUUAAGAACCAAGAUAGAACUCAGCAAUACCAACAAUAAAUAAGCAUUUAAGGUUAAGUAUGAAAAAUCGAGCGAAGUCAAA